CCAGGAGUCACCAGCGCCACGCCCACAGAGGAGAUGAACGGAGCUGGAAACUUGAUGGACUUCCUGGACGAGCCUUUUCCUGACGUGGGCACGUAUGAAGACUUCCACACCAUCGACUGGCUGAGGGAGAAAUCCAGAGACACGGACCGCCACCGCAAGAUCACCAGUAAGAGUAAAGAGUCCAUGUGGGAGUUGAUCAAGAGCCUGCUGGACGCCUGGUCGGGAUGGGUGGUGAUGCUGCUCAUCGGACUCCUCUCAGGUACGCUGGCCGGAGUGAUCGACCUGGCGGUGGACUGGAUGACAGACCUGAAGGAGGGCGUGUGUCUGUCGGCCUUCUGGUACAGCCACGAGCAGUGCUGCUGGACGUCCAACGAGACCACCUUCGACGACCGAGACAAGUGUCCUCAGUGGCAGAAGUGGGCCGAGCUGAUGACGGGCCACGCUGAGGGAGCGGGAGCGUACGUGUUGAACUACUUCCUGUACGUUCUGUGGGCUCUGCUGUUUGCCUUCCUGGCGGUGUCGCUGGUGCGAGUGUUCGCUCCGUAUGCCUGCGGUUCAGGGAUCCCAGAGAUCAAGACGAUCCUCAGCGGCUUCAUCAUCCGGGGCUACCUGGGCAAAUGGACCCUGCUGAUCAAGACGGUCACCCUGGUUCUGGCGGUGUCGUCGGGGCUCAGCCUGGGUAAGGAGGGCCCUCUGGUCCACGUGGCCUGCUGCUGCGGAAACCUCUUCUGCAGUCUCUUCUCCAAGUACAGCAAGAACGAGGGCAAGCGGCGAGAGGUGUUGUCAGCUGCAGCAGCAGCUGGAGUGUCGGUGGCCUUUGGAGCGCCCAUCGGAGGAGUUCUGUUCAGCCUGGAAGAGGUCAGUUACUACUUCCCUCUGAAGACUCUGUGGCGUUCCUUCUUCGCCGCCCUGGUCGCCGCCUUCACACUGCGUUCCAUCAACCCGUUUGGCAACAGCCGCCUGGUGCUCUUCUACGUGGAGUACCACACGCCGUGGUACAUGGCCGAGCUGGUGCCAUUCAUCCUGCUAGGCGUGUUCGGCGGCCUGUGGGGGACCCUCUUCAUCAGGGCCAACAUCGCCUGGUGCCGGCGGAGGAAGACCACCCAGCUGGGGAAGUACCCGGUCCUGGAGGUCAUCGCUGUGACGGGUAUCACCGCCGUGCUGGCGUUCCCCAACCCGUAUACCCGCCGCAGCACCAGCGAGCUCAUCUCUGAGCUCUUCAACGACUGCGGCGCGCUGGAGUCGUCGCAGCUGUGUGAUUAUAUCAAUAACCCCAACAUGAGUCGGCCGGUGGACGACAUCCCAGACCGACCGGCGGGGCCCGGGGUCUACAACGCCCUGUGGCAGCUCGCCCUCGCUCUCGUCUUCAAGAUCGUCAUCACCAUCUUCACCUUCGGCAUGAAGAUCCCGUCGGGUCUCUUCAUUCCCAGCAUGGCGGUUGGAGCUAUCGCAGGACGGAUCGUGGGGAUCGCCGUGGAGCAGAUGGCGUACCACCACCACGACUGGAUCAUCUUCAAGAACUGGUGCCGGCCCGGCGCAGACUGCGUCACACCGGGACUCUACGCCAUGGUGGGAGCCGCCGCCUGUCUGGGCGGAGUGACCAGGAUGACCGUCUCCCUGGUGGUCAUCAUGUUCGAGCUCACCGGCGGUUUGGAGUACAUCGUCCCCCUGAUGGCCGCCGCCGUCACCAGCAAGUGGGUGGCGGACGCCUUCGGGAAGGAGGGCAUCUACGAGUCGCACAUCCAGCUCAACGGCUACCCCUACCUGGACGUCAGGGACGAGUUCACCCACCGCACCCUGGCCACCGACGUGAUGCGGCCCCGCAGGAACGACCCGCCUCUGGCCGUCCUCACCCAGGACACCACCACGGUGGAGGACGUGGAGACGCUGAUCAAAGACACAGACUAUAACGGCUUCCCGGUGGUCGUGUCCAGAGAGUCGGAGAGGCUCAUCGGCUUCGUUCAGCGCCGGGAUCUCACCCUCGCCAUCAAAAACGCCCGUCAGAAGCAGGACGGCGUGGUGAGCAGCUCGGUGGUCUACUUCACCGAGGACGCGCCGCAGCUGCCGGCCAGCAACCCGCAGCCGCUGAAGCUACGACGCAUCCUGAACCUCAGCCCCUUCACCGUCACCGACCACACGCCCAUGGAGACGGUGGUGGACAUCUUCCGCAAGCUGGGCCUCCGCCAGUGUCUCGUCACCAGGAGCGGGCGUCUCCUGGGCAUCAUCACCAAGAAGGACGUCCUGCGACACAUGGCUCAGAUGAUGAACCAGGAUCCAGAGUCCAUCAUGUUCAAUUAGAAGGACGAGCUGGACUCCAGCGGCCGACGGUGUAAAUAGGUGAAACCGGUGCGACGCUACUGUAACUGCAACCUGUGAAACGACCCCUCCCACCUCCUGACAGGCAAGUCCCAACCCCGCUGUAGUGACCACAGCACUGCUCCACCCACCUGUUGUUAAUGUAACAGAGAGAUUUUAACAUUUCAAACCCUCAGAGGAUCAUCAGAGCUUCUUUUUCUUUACCAUCAUCAUCUGAAAACACACGAGCUGUCACAUGUUGCCAACAGCGCUGAGAGCUGGAUGUUCAGAGUGCCUGCUUCUCCGGUCUCAACACUCGUUCAACUCUUCUAGUUCAAGUUUAGAAAGCCACGCUGACACUGAGGGCACUAUUUGCAACGUGAAGUUCUAACGCCUUGUUUCCACACUCUUUACGGAUGGAUAGAAACAUCACCGCAGAUAUGGGAAAGAAGUUCCUACUCGGUCUGUCAAAGUUAACGUGAUAAUAACGCAAAAUGCCUUUUAACGUCCCUAAUAUCUUUAACACAACCUGUGAUUUUUAGGUUGUCGCGGGCUCAGUUUUAAAGCUAUGAAACUAGAAAAACGAAUGAAUCCAUCAGUACCAACCAUGUCAGACUAGCUUGUCAUGAAGGAGGUUAAAUAACGCUCCAAAC